AUGCUUAAUGAGUCCAAUUUAAGGAAUUCUCAAGCGAAUAAGUAUAACGAGUCCAAUUUGGAGAAUUCUCAAGCAACUUCUUUUGCAGAAAUGAAUAGUCAAAUAGAGACAAGUUUGGAAACAGAAAGACUCCAUAAGAAUAAGGGAAAACCUUCUCUCACGCCAAGCAGAACAUCUCCAUCAGAUUGUAGUGGUUGCGACAUGUUGAGAGAAAUUACUCAUCGCAAAGGCCCCCUUGUUAAGAAACUACAGCUUCAUGGCAAAUUAUUACGUGGACGUUUUUUUCAUGCUCUCAGUAAUGUUUUAGACGAGGAUACUACUGUAGUUUCAGGUGCCGAAAACAUUGAUUUUUAUGAUAAAGGCUAUAAGGACGUGGAAAAGUUCCUUUCGCAAUAUUUCAUGAAGCAAGAGCAAGAGGGAUGGAGCAUGUAUGACGAUCCACGUGCAGAUUUCUUUAAAGUCCUAUGCUUCAGGCCGGGUGGCAUUCAGACGAGUGAAGCUGCGAAUACAAGCAUCUCUCCAGUAGGGCAGGUUGCAGCUACUGGCUCUCAUGAGGCAACGAACCCGAACAAUCGUGGGAGACGUCCAAUCAAUCUGAGAGAACAGAGAAAGAGAAUAAAGAUGUUUGGCCGCGAUGAUUUAACACCAUAUUACGGAUUGCCUAGAAGGGAAGCAGCCAGGCGGUUGAAUAUUAGUGCCAGAAAGAGGAAAAUAGCCGAAUUGACAGCUAUUGUAGGUUCAACUAAUAAUCCAGCUGCAAGGAGUCGUGCUAUAAAUGAAAUCCAGAGGCUGGAAAAAGAGAUCGCUGCAUAUUAUAACCGUUGA